GCAGAAGAUGAAAUAGAAGACAUCCAACAAGAAAUCACAGUGCUGAGUCAGUGUGACAGUCCAUAUGUAACUAAAUAUUAUGGAUCCUAUUUAAAGGAUACAAAAUUAUGGAUAAUAAUGGAAUAUCUGGGUGGAGGCUCUGCCCUUGAUCUAUUAGAACCUGGCUCACUCGAUGAAACCCAGAUUGCUACAAUAUUGAGGGAGAUACUCAAAGGACUUGAUUACUUGCAUUCAGAAAAGAAAAUCCACAGAGAUAUUAAAGCUGCUAAUGUAUUGCUAUCUGAACAAGGAGAAGUAAAAUUAGCAGAUUUUGGAGUAGCAGGACAACUAACAGAUACACAGAUAAAGAGGAAUACCUUUGUGGGAACACCAUUUUGGAUGGCACCUGAAGUAAUAAAGCAAUCGGCAUAUGAUUCGAAGGCAGAUAUCUGGUCAUUAGGCAUAACAGCCAUAGAACUUGCAAAAGGAGAGCCACCUCAUUCAGAAUUGCAUCCAAUGAAGGUUUUGUUCCUCAUUCCUAAGAACAAUCCACCAACGCUGGAAGGAAACUUCAGUAAAUCCCUCAAAGAAUUUGUUGAGGCCUGCUUAAACAAGGACCCCAGCUUUAGACCUACUGCAAAAGAGCUCUUAAAACACAAAUUUAUUUUACGAAACUCAAAGAAAACUUCCUACCUGACUGACCUUAUUGAUAGGCACAAGAGAUGGAAGUCUGAACAAAGUCAUGACGACUCCAGUUCUGAUGACUCAGAUACUGAACCAGAUGGCCAGGCUUCAGGUGGGAGUGAUUCAGGAGAGUGGAUCUUUACAAUAAGAGAAAAAGACCCCAAGAAUCUAGAAAACGGAGCAGCCCAGCCUUUGGAGUUGCAAAGAAAUAAGGAAAAGGAUAUCCCAAAGAGGCCUCUAUCCCAAUGCCUGUCUACAGUUAUCUCCCCUUUAUUUGCAGAGUUGAAAGAGAAGAGUGAAGUGUGUGGAGGUAACACAGAUUCCAUAGAAGAACUGAGAAAGGCUAUUUAUUUAGCUGAAGAGGCUUGUCCGGGCAUUGCAGAUAACAUGGUGUCACGCCUUGUGCAGAGGCUUCAGAGAUACUCACUGGCUGGAGGAAGUACUGCAUCCUACUGACUUUUCUAAGACAACAGAGAUCCCACGG